AUCUAACAAUCAACACUUUUCCCAUUUAUCAAUACUUGAAAUCAACCAAGUCCUGCAAGAGAAAUGGCAGCUGAAGCAGAUACCCAAGAACCCAUUUCUGUAUUGUGCUGUUGGUGAGCUGCAGCAAGGAAAAUUGAAGGAAUUCGAAAGCAAGCUUAGCCAGCCCCCACAACUGAUGAGCUUUUGUCAAAAACAGAACAAAAGCAAACAGCCAUUGGUGUUGGUGCUGAAAUGGAAAGUACGGUCUCUAAAGGCAAUCCAGAAAACUCUGACGGAGAGAGUAUUUUAGUCUUCCCAGAGGUUCUCAAGUUUCCAAGAAAAGAGACCUGUGAAACAUCAGAAAUUUGUGAGGUUGAUGACAGUCUACAUCAGGCAGGCCAGGAGGUAACCAAGGACAAAAACCAGAUGGAGAAUGUUAACAAGUUUCAGAUUGUGGAGAAAGCAGGAGUUGGGGAAGGUGAAGUGAUAAAGGCUAUGGAGGGUGGAGAGCAAAAGAUUGAUCCAAACCAAUACAAUCUAGAUCUUGCAGCAACCUAUUUGAUGAAAAGAAGUUUUGGAGAUUCAAGUGUCAAUCUUGGAGAAAGUGAAGGUUUAAAGGAGGAAAAAAUCCUUAAUCAACUACCUGAAGUGAUUGCUGCUAAAGAUGCCCCAUCAGAGGAAGCUCCUGAAGCAAUUGAUGAGCAAGACAGUGCAUCUAUUGAUGUGCCAAGUGUGGAUGACAUUGCACCUACCUUGCAGGAAAUACUUGAUCAUGCCCCCAGUAUCACAACCAGAGAUAAGCAAGCUACAACAGAAUCAAGUGACAAGAUGAAAUCUCUUGAUGAAGAUAACAAGCAAGGUAAUGCAGCUGAUAAAGGUAUAUUAAAAGAUGACCCCUUGGUCGAAGUUAAAAGUUCUAUAUCUAUCAUAGAUGAGAAUGUUGAGAACUUUGAAGUCAAGAGCCUUCCAGAGGCAACACCAGUAUUGAGUGGAGAAGACAAGGAUUGGAAAGGAGAAGAUGCUGGUGAAAGGAAUAAUAACAUUACAGAAGAAGAGGUGAAUGAUGGACCAGGGAUUAUGCACCCUGCUGAGGCCACCAAAGAAAUCAUAAAAGAUAACAAUAUGCUUCCUUUGCCAAAACUGAAUGAAGGAGAAAGAUUUGAGAGCUUUAAAGAUGAUGAGAACGAGGCAGAGAAAUCAAAACAAGAGGAUGAUACAGAAUGUGUCACAGAAGUUGGACAGAAUGAGGACCUCAGACUAGAAUCUGCUGAAGAAGUUUCAGACCAGAACUUUCAAGUUGAUGAAAAAGAAUCUGAUAAGUUUGAAGGAGAGAAACUUGAGAAGUCUGAGGCAGCAGCAAGAGAAAGCAUUGAAAGCAAGACGAGUCAAACUGCUGAAAGUCCACAGGAGAGGCUUAGCACUUUGAUGAUGAGACAAGACUAUAACUUGCAAAUUGAGGAUAAAAGCACCACUACAACAGAAGCUUUGCUAGAGGAGAAAGGAAAUGACAAUGAGCUAGGUGAGACUGAAGGACCAAAUGAAAAGAAAAUACUGCAGAAUAAAGAUUCAAAGAUCUUGCAGGAAAGUGAACCAGGGGAGAAGCUUGAGCAUUCAUUGCAUUUGACACCUGAGGAAACUGAGAGAAUUCCUUCAGAAGCUGAUAAGAUUCCUUCUCUCAUGGAAGGAGUUCUUCAGAACCCUGGAGAAUCUCUAGAAGAAGAAGUCACAGGAGAAGCAGAUAACAAUAGAGUUGAAGAAAAUGGCACUAAAAAGGAGGAUCUCAAACUAGGUGCUGAGACAUCUGAUGCAAGCAAAAACAAGGAGAGCAUAAUCUCUGAAAAGGAGACAAAAGUAGGUAAAUUGGAGAUAGAAGCAUUCACAAAGGCAUACAACCUGGAGUCAGAAGAAAAGCCAGAAUGUGGAGAUAGAUCAGAUUUAGAAGUUAAUACACAGAAGGAAGAAGCUAAGGAGGGACAUGAAGGUGCUAAAAUUGAUGAUAGGGAAGAGGACACGGUACAGUCCAUCAUAAAUGAUGAAUCUCAUAGUGGAGAUAGCUCACUGGAAUUUGUUGGAGAAGAAUCACGUGAAAGCCACCAGGGAGUAAAAAUAGAAGAAAAGAUGCCUGAAGUAGAGGUACAGGAACCUGAAACAACCAACACAUCAGAAGAUGCUGAAAAACACACGUUUGAAGAGAAAGAAGAAGAAACUAGUAAGCAUCAGUCAACACUACUUGCAGCUAAAAUCGAAGAGGGUUCUAAAGAAGAAAAUACUGUACAAAUAAUGACAGAAAAAGAGGAAAAUCAAGCCACUCAUAAAGACAAUGACAUUGAUACACAGCAAACAGAGGAUGGCAGCAGCAAGGCUGGCGACAACUUUGAGGUGCCUGCAAUUGAAACCGACAAAGAGGAAUCUGAUUCAGGGGAGAAUAAGGAAAGAGAACCAGAAAAAGAGGUAUAUGAAGCAUUCAAAACAGCAGAUUCAGGAACAGGCAAAGAAAAUCUGAGCAUAGAUGAAAAUGAUGAAGACUUCUCUUCAUCAACUAAAGAUGAAAUUGUGAAAGAAAUCUCAAAGGUUAGCAAUUCAAAUUUAGCCCUCACGAGAGAUACUGAAGAAACAGGUUCAGUGGAGAAGAUAACCCCUCAGACCACAGAGGACAUGCCAGAGCCAAAGAAUGACCAAUGUACUCUUGAUAUCACAAAGGAGGGAAAAGAGGAAAAAAUACCAGAAGAAAUGGAAGAGGGGCUCAUCCAGAACUCUUCCUUCGAGUCAGAAGUCUCUAAGGACACUGAAAAAGAAAGAACAAAUAUUACUGAUUCUGACUCUCUAUCCCUUGCAGCAGCAAUAGAAGAGACAAAAGUAAAGGAAGCUGAACCAGAAGAUAAAACAGAGAUAGGAGGAUCUGAUGUUCCUUUAGAAGAGAAAGGCCUGGCUGCAAUAGAAACAAAAGGAAUUGAACUGGGCAGUGAGGACAUCAAUGCAAAAGAGGACUCCAACUCUUUUGAGAAGGACAAGGAGAUUUCAACAACAGCAGUAUAUGAAACACAAGAUGAGACUUCAAACACAGGAGGUGAACACCAAAAGGAGGUUACCACAAGGGAGAGUCCCUUAAAAGAAAUAUUGGAAGGUCACUUAAAGGAAUAUUCUGAAGUGCCAUUGGACGAACAUGCUCCCACAUCCUCUGAAGCAACUGAAACAAAUGAAACUUCUGAAAAAAUUCAAGAUCCAUGCGAAACCUCAGAAACUCAUUCCAUGUCACAUCGAGUAGAAGAGAUGUUGGUGCAAAAAGAGGAUAAUUCCUCCAAUCCAUUAGCUGUCGCUGUACUUGGGACUAUAGAUAUGGGAGAGGGGAGUGUAGAUAAAAUCAAGAAGCACACAGGUGAAGAUCAAGAUCUGCAUAGUGAGCAGCCAACUGAAACAUACAUCUCCAGAACAGAAGAUGCAGAAGUCUCAAGAGGGGAAGAAACUAGAGAAGAGGGUGAGUGUGAAAAGCCAAUUGAUGAGACGGCAAAUUGUAUUGAACCUUCUGGCAUAAGAGAGGAUGGAGAAGCGGAUAUUGAGGAGCCAGAAAAUUAUUCUACCAACUUGGUAGGAUGCUUGAAGGGUAGUACUGAUGUAGAAAAGGAAGCAACUGAAGUAGAAAGAUCUGAUAGCCCCAUACAUGAGGUCCAAAAUGUCAAUGAGGAACCAUCACAAAUAGAAGAGGUGAAAGACUACUUUCAACUCUCCACUGAAAAUGAGGAAGGCGAUAAAACUGAUGUAAUCGAAAGAGGAACUGGUGCAGUUCACAUGCCCAGAGGACAAAGUGCUGAAGACACUGAUAAAGAUGAGAAAAGCCCAACUAUGGAAGAUCUGGACGAAACACCAAGCAGUCAUCCAGAGCGUGCAGAGAGUGAAAGUUUGACUUCAGAAACUUUACAUGCAGUUGAAUUGGGAAAAGACAUAUUAGCUUCAGAUGCAGUUUAUGAGCCUCAAGACAAGGAUACUGAAAAAAAUGUAGAAACCAGGGAAAGCACAAUUGAAGAGACUGAAGGAGGUUUGGAAUAUCAAUAUGCUAAACAAGAUGAUAUUACUUUCGACAAGGCUCUGCCAGAAGUGAAAUCAGAGGAGCAACUUCAAACUCCAUCCCCCAGAUUGCCUUCUCAAAACAAGGAGAUAGAAACUACAACCAUUGAAAAGGAAAAAGAAAAGCAACAGGAGGACAUGAAGACGCUAGAAAGUAGGUCUCCAGAAGAUUUUUCUGAUGCAAAGACAACAGAAGAAGUAUGUUUGAGAAGUGAAGAACAAAGGGAGCCUAAAGUUGUUCUUGAAGAUGACAUUACAGUUUGUCAGGGUGUUCCAGCAGAGAAACCAGAGGAGAAAAUUCAGACUCCUCCUUCUCUAUUGCCUUCUGAGGAACAGGAGUGCCAAAAAACAAACAUGGAUGGGAAGACAGAACAAGACAAAAUAAAGGAAGCAACAAUCAUGCUGGAUCAGACUACAGAUGACCAUUCAGAUGCAAACACAGGAGAUGAUGUUACUACUACUGUUCAAACUCUAAUGGCAGAGAAAUCAGAUGAACAGAUUGAAACUACAAGCCCUGUAUCUCUCACCAAGGAACAGGAGAGUGAAACUGCAGUCAGUAUUGAGAAGACUGAAGACAAAAAAACAGCAGACACAGGAAUACUGGAGGAUGAAAGUCCAGAAGAUUCUUCAGAAACAAAGAAAACAAAAGAGAUAUGCUUUAUACAGGAAGAGCCUCAGGAGCUUGAAGGUGAUCAAAAAGAAGAAAAUGCUGCUGCUCAAAGCCUCCUGGUAGAGAAAUCGAAGGAGCAAAUUCCAGCCCCAUCAUCUACAUUGCCUUCUGAGGAACUAGGGCAUGGUACUACAACCAAAGUCGAUGAGAUGGAAGAAGAGAGAGUGAAUGAAGACAAAGGACCCAUAGAGGUUGAAGGUGUUGCAGAAAGAGAAGUUAUUGCUGGUUCGAUACUGCCAGCAGAUGAAUCAGAGGAGAUUCAAAAUACCAAAUCAGUUGAGAAGGAAGCAGAAAAGCUAGAAGAUGAGAGUCAUGAAGAUUCAAGCAUGGCAAUUGUGCAACAUGAACUUACAGAUGGUCAGACAAUUUCGGCAGAAAAAACAAAACAACAGGCUCAAGAAGAGGAGCAAGAAGCAAUGACCAUUGCAAAGAUAGAAGAUGAUAAGGAGGGAGCAGAAAUCAUAGAAGAUGAGAAUGCAAAUUCAAAUGCAAUGAAAGAUUUGUGUUUGAAAAAGGAUUCCACAGAGCCUGAAACAGUUGAAGAAACUGAAAUCACUGCUGAUCAGACUUCCAUAGAAGAGAAAUCAGAAGAACAGAGUCAGAGUGCAAUCUCUGCAUUGCCCUCAAAUGAACAGAAAUGUGAUGAUGCAACUAGGGUUGAAAAUACUGAAGAUCAGGUUUUUUCAGCAGAGGAAUCAGAACAACAGGUUCAAGGAAAGGAGCAUGAAGCAGUGAUUACUUCUAAAAUGGUAGAGGAUGAUAAAAAAGAGGAAGCAACAACCAUAGAUGAUGAGGGUGCAGAAGAUGCUAAAGAUUCAAAGACAAUGGAAGAUUUAUGCCAGCAAAAGGAGCCCACUGAGCCUAAAGCAGUUACGGAAGAUGAAAUUGCUGCUGAUCAGGCCCCUGUGGAAAAGAAAGCAGUGGAACAUAUUCAGAUUGCUACCUCUGCAUUGACCUCCUCCAGCAAACAGGAGUGUGAAGGUGCAACUGAAGUUGAGAAUACUGACGGUAAGACAUUUUCAGCAGAGAAAUCAGAGCAGCUGGUUCAAGAAAAGGAGCAUGAAAUGGGUAUAAUUGGUGAGAAGAUAGAAGGCAAUAAAAUAGAGGGAGCAGAAAUUGUAGAGCACGAGAACACAAAAGAUGCUUCAGAUUCAAAUAUAAUGACAGAUUUAAGCCAGCAAAAGGAGUCAACAGAACCUGAGGCAGUUAUAGAAAAUAAAAUUACUGCUGAUCAGACAUUGAUGGAAGAGAAAUCAGAGGAACAGAUUCAGAAUGCAAUCUCUGCAUUGCCUUCCGAGGAUACGGAGUUUGAAGGUGCAACUACAGUCGAGAAUACUGAUGGUCAGAUUUUUUCAGCAGAAAAAUCAGAACAGCAGAUUCAAGAAGAGCAUGAAGCAGUGAUAAUUGCUAAGAAGAUUGAAGAUGACAAAAAAGCAGGAGCAGAAAUCACAGAACGUGAGAGUGCUGGAGAUGCUUCACAUAUAAAGACAAUGGAAGAUUUAUGCCCACAGAAAGAGUCCACAGAGUCUGAAGCAGUAAUAGAAAAUGAAACUACUGCUGAUCAGACUGUCCUGGAAGAGAAAUCAGAAGAAAAGAUUCAGAUUGCAAGCUCCUCAUUGCCUCCCAAGGAAGUGGAGUUUGAAGGUGCUACUACAGUUGAGGAUAUUAAAGAAGGCAAAAUAAAGGAAACAGAAAAUUUAGAAGGGGUUGAUGCAAAGAGGGCAGAAGAUGUACUCUUGGAAAAGGGAAUGCUUCAGGAGUUUGAAGCUGUUGUCAGAAAAGAAGAAAUCACUUCUCAGAAAAAAGAGGAAGAAGAAAUCUUAGAAGAUGAGAGUGCCGAAGAUGCAAAGACAAUGAGGGAUUUAUGCUCCCAAAAGGAAUCCACAGAGCUUGAAACAGCUUUAGAUAAUAAAAUUACCAUUGAUCCGACAGUUGUGGAAGAAAAGCCAGAAGAGCAAGUUCAGAUUGCAACCCAUGCAUUGCCUUCUGAGGAACAGGAGUGCAAAGGUGCCACCAUAGUUGAGAAUAUUGAAGAAGAGAAGACAAAGAAAGCAGAAAUUCUAGAACAAGAUAUACUCUUGCAAAAGGAAAGGCUUCAGGUGUCCAAAGCAGUUAGACAGGAUGAGAUCGAAUCUGCUCAGGGUCUACCAAUGGAGAGUACAGAGCAGCAACUCACAACUCCUUCCCACACAUUGCCCUCUGAGGAAGAGGAGCAUGGAACUGCCACUAAAGUCAAUAAGAUGGAAGAAGAGACAAUGGAGGAAGAAGAAAUUCUAGAAAAGGAUUCUUCUGCAGGAAAGCCAGAAGAAAAAGGAGCAGAAGAUAUUUCCUUAGCAAAGGAAAAGCUUCAGGAGCUUGAAGGGGUUACAAAAAAUGAAGUUGCUUUUGCUCAGACUCCAAUGACGAAACUAGAGGAGCAACUUCAGGCUCCAUCCACCAAAUUGGUAUCAGAGGAGGAGGAGGAGCAUGGAACUAAAACUGGGAAUGAAAAGAUAGGAGAAGAGAAACUGAAGGAACUAGAAAUGCUUGAAAGGGAGUAUUCGGCAGCAAAGUCAACAGAAGAGAAACGCUCUGAAAAGGAAGGGCCCAAGGAGUUUGAAGAUGUUAUGAAUGAAGAAAUCAUUGCUGAUCAGACUCUGCCAGCAGAGGAAUCACAGGAACUCGAAACUAAGAGAGCAGUUCAGAAGGUUGAAGAACUGAAGGAAGCAGAAAAGCUAGAAGAUGAGAGUUGUGAAAAUGCUUCGUACGGGACAAAAACAAAAGAGAUAUGCUUCCCAAUGGAAGAGCCAAGCAAGCUUCAACACGUUGCAAAGGAUGAAAUUGCUGCUGUCCAGACUUUUUCAGCUGAGCAUUCCGAGGAACUUCAAAUCUCAGCCCCUGCACUAUCUUCUGAAGGCAACGAGAAAACAAUAGAAGAAGAUGAACCCAAGAAGAAUGGAGAUUCCAGUGAAAAGAUCACAGAGGACAAGGAAGUUGUUCAAACAAUGAAAGCUAGCGACCAAGAAGAUCAACUAAAGGAUGGAUUUUUAGGUGCUGAGGAGAACAAUGCAACAUUUAAAACCACAGCAAAAGAUAUUCAAACUGAAGAGAUGUCAGUGGAAAUCCAAAAGGUGGAUGGAAACAAGAAUGUUGAGAAAAUUCAAGCUGAAGACAGAAGUCCCAAGGACACAGACAACACUUCUUCAGUUGCCAUGACAGAAACCAAAACUAUCAGGGAAGAGGAAUCAGGUGUAGCGACAUCACAAAUGGAAAGCAGCACAGAGAAAACGGCUAAUGAAGCUUCUGACGAGCAGAUUCCAAGUGAAGUAGAUAUGGCUGAGAGCAGUAGAAAACCAGCUUCAACUGGCACUGAAAUUGGUCUACUGGAGAAGCUGGAUGGAGUGGCAGAAACCUUUAGGAAAGGUGAAGUAAGAGAUCUGGAACCUGGAAAUGCCAAAGAGAUUUAUCCAGAAAUAAAAAAAGAAUUUGAACACGGAGGAGGAGAGAAAAAAUCUUGUGAUCCAGAUGACUCGGCAAUUCAGGAGAUAACCACAAAAGAAACUCCACCAGUGACUAAAGAAAUGACAAAACAGAGAGAGCGGACAGCAAGCAAAAAGAAACCCCAAAUUGAAGAAGCGGAUGAAGGGGAGGAGGGAAACAAACGGAGGAAAAUGGAUUCGGACCCUGAUUCUCCUGUCAUGGUGGAAGCACCUAGAGAGAAAGAGAACAUUAGAAAGGUUCCACCAAAGAAAUCUCAUAACAUCCUAUCAGGUGUUGGAUCCAGGGUGAAGCAUUCAAUUUCCAAGGUAAAGAAAGCCUUUAUUUGUGCAUCUCCUAACGUCGUAAAUCCAAAAUCGAGUGAGAAACAAGAUGAAUAAAGCACUGAAGAAUCAGAAAAAAAAAAAAUUAAGAUAAUAGAUAGUUGGUUAAAUUUUCUUUUGAAGAUGGAUUGGGUUUGGUGUGUAUUUCCACAGGAUUAAUUUUUUUAUUUUUAUUUUUUGGUAUGUAACUAAGUAAGGAUGAAUAAUUUUACUCCAGCUUGUGUUUGAAAUAGUUUGAACAGUUUCAUCAUAAUAAAAUGAUUCAAAUUUU